CAUUUCUCCUCCACUCUCACUCUCUCUCUCUCUCUCUCAUUCAAUCUCAAAUCCUCCUUAUAAUUCUUACCUUAUUUUGAUCAUCAAACCCCAUCUUAAGAAAACCUCAAAUUUUCUCCUCUUCUUCUCUCUUCCUCUCUCCAUCUCCUUUUAACCUGAAAUUUUAGCUUUUCCAUAUUUUAUCAUCAAUCUUUCUCAAACAAGGACCUUCUUGAUAUAGUCUUUUUCUUUAACCUACUUACAAACACAAGAACAAACUAAAAGACCUAGGGCCAACAAAGAGAAGAAAUUAGCUAGAGGAUAAUACAAGGUGAAAAAGGGAGACACAAACUACUUGUGGCUAUUUUUAUAAUUUUCCUUUGAUCGAGAAUAUAUGGAGCUAUUCCCAGCACAGCCAGACUUAUCUUUACAAAUCAGCCCUCCAAACAGCAAACCAUCAUCAACUAAUUGGAAGAGGAGUACAAAUAAUAGUACUACUGAAGGUGAAAUUGAUUUAAUGUUCUGGAGAAGAGCUUUGGAAUCUAGAAACUCCAAUAUCUCUUCACUCUCAAAACCUGAUAAUAAUAAUAAUACCUCUCUAUUUGAGCUUUCUUUAUCCAAUCCUAAACCUUCUCCUGAGUUUAACUCUGGCCCUUUUCAUCACAUCCAAAACACUCCCCACAAUUUCAUUCACUCUUUACAGCAAAAUCAUUUAAUAAACCAUCAGCAGAACCACCUACUUCAGCAGCAAAAUCAAGGGCUUAACUCAGAACUUAGUUUCUUGAGACCUAUAAGAGGAAUUCCUGUAUACCAUCAAAACCCUCCUCCUACUCCUACUUCUCAUUACCCAAUAUUUGGUGAGCAAACUUUUGACAAUACUAGGACUGCAGCUACAUUUCCUAUACGUUCUUCUGGUUGUUGUAUUAAUAACACCAACAACAAAACAAUGUCUACCUCAUCCAAUAUUCCUUUUCGGUCCCAACAUCAUCAUCAUCAUCAUCAAGCUGGGGUAAUGCGAUCAAGAUUUUUGUCAAGAUUUCCAGCUAAACGUACUAUGAGAGCUCCACGGAUGCGGUGGACUAGCAGUCUUCAUGCUAGAUUUGUUCAUGCUGUUGAGCUUUUGGGUGGCCAUGAAAGAGCAACACCCAAGUCGGUUCUUGAGCUUAUGGAUGUGAAAGAUCUCACUUUGGCACAUGUUAAAUCUCAUUUACAGAUGUAUCGGACGGUUAAGACUACUGAUAGAGUAGCAGUUCCAGCUUCUUCAGGCCAAUCGGAGGUAUUCGAUAAUGGGUCUUCUGGAGAUACUUCAGAGGAUUUAAUGCCUGACAUUGAAAAUUCAAGGAAGUCUGAUUUAUCAGAUCAACAAGCCAGAAACAAUAUGCAUCUUCAAGAUAAAGAUUACCAUGGUCUUUGGAGCAACUCUUCAAGCAGAGAAAGUUGGCAGUUGCAUGGCAAACUUGGAGACUACCCAGGGAACAUGCCAUCUCUUGAGAAAUUGCAGAAAAACCAACAUAAAGACAUGGAAGCAAAAUGCUUAAGCUAUGAUAGAAUAUCAGCAGAAGUGAGCUCAUCAAGCAUAACAGAGACAAGUCCAAAAAAGAAGCCUAAUCUGGAGUUUACUUUGGGAAGACCUUCACAGUAAAAAAGAAAUCUCUGCUGGAGCAGCAUAUAUAUAAGUUAGUACUACUCAUUUUGAAAUCAUUAUAAUCUCUGACAAGGUUAUCUAGCUGGUUUAAAGAAAAAGUAAAGAGAAUCAGGUAUCCACAAAAACCAGAGAAAAGCAAAGGAAAAAAGAAAAAGGAAGAGGAAAAGAAAGCAAAGAAAAAGAGAGCUAAAGAAAGACAAGGAGACAAGAAAGACAGGAAGAAGGAAAAGGAGAAGGGUGUGACCUCUGAAUCAAACAAUAUGAUAUUUUAUUCCCUUUCUUGAGAUAGAGAAGAAUAUGAAAUCUGAUUGAUUUUGUGUAUUAUUAGAGUAGUCAUUACUCAUUAGAGGGAGAAUGAGAGAAGAGGCUUUUUCCCUCUCUUUUUGUAACUAGUUUCUAGGAAGUGAUCUUUUACCCUGGUAAUAUUAUGACGCACUUAAAGAAAUAUAUAAAUAUUUGGGACGACUCCCCCAUAUAUUUUGACAAAAAUA